AUGGCAGCAGAGUCAAAGACAAAACCCGCCAUCAACGGCGUCACCAAUGGCAAUGGCAAUCUCAAACCAUCUUUCAAAGGCUCCAAGCUGUACGAGGCGAUACGCGGCAUGAUCUCUUCCGCCAACAACAUGGAAAGAGAGUUGAGCGGCCUCCCCGACCUCGAAAAGCUCAUGGAAAGUGAAAAGAGGCUCAGGAAAGAGGUCGAGGAAAAGACAAAGGAAAUCGACGAUGUCAGAUUGGAGAAGGAGAAAGAGUUGGCGGAGAAGAGUUCCGAGGUCGCCGCAAUCAGAACGGAGACAGAGAAACAGAUCCGCCUCAUCCGGGAAGAGAAAGAGACCGAGGUCGGCAAAAUCAAGACUGAACUUGAGACCGAGAAAGAAGCCCGCCGCGUCUUGAUCGAAGGGUUCGAAGAGAGGGUCGGUGUUCACAACCAGACCAAGGCCGAGAGCGCUGUCGCCAGUCAGAGGCUCGAUGAAGCGCAGCAGCACCUGAAGGUCAAGGAGGAGGAAGUCGAGGCAGCGAGACAGAAGGUGGCGGAGCUGCAGGAAGCAUCCGACAAGUCCUCGGCCCAGGUCGAGGCUCUGACCUCUGACAGAGAUAGGGUCGCGAGGGAAAAGACACUUCUGGCUGCUGACCUGCAGUCGAGAGAAGCCGAACUCCAGAUCUUCGAAUCCGACCUCCAACAAUUGCAGAAGGACGUCGGCGUCAACCUCUUGUACGACUACGACGACCGAGAGCUCACCAGAUUUCGCCGUGAGAUCGAUGCGUUCGCGGAGGAGUCUCGUGGCCUGGUAACAGAGUUCUUCAGAGAAUCCGACAACACACUCAGUACCGUCACCCUACCUCACCACCUCGAGUACCUCAGACGCGUCCCUCUCCCGAAGUCCGGCUCGACCCCCGAUCUCCGCUGCCUCGUCGCCCAGGCCGUGAUCGCGAGAUUCCUCCGCUCCCACAUCUUCCAGCCCUUCUUCCUCCCGCAGGACCUCCACGGAGCGGGCGCCGACAUUCUCGAGUACCUCAGCGAAGACAUCCAGCGCGCCACCAUCUUCCGCUGCCAGAUCCUCGCCGCCUGCGACAGGAACGGCUCCGGCAAGAACGUCGCCGGCCAGGCCAAGGACGAGGUCUACCGCGAGCUCUGCGCCUUCGUUCCCGCGACCAAGUACAUCGCCCUCCAGCAGCGCCUCACCAGAUUCUUCGAGGCCGGCGCCAAGUUGUGGAGCGAGCUGCAGCACUCCAAGCAGCUCUUCCUGAGCGAGGACCUCGAGGACGAGGAGAUCGAGGAGAUUGAAGACGAGGGACACAGGCCGAAGCUGUGGGAAGAGUACGGAACUCGUGCCAAGACCGCGGCCGGCGGACCCGGCAUGGUCGUCGCCACGUUGUUCCCGCAGGUCGUCAUGGAGGAGGGCGAGGACACGGUCAAUGUCAUCCAUCCCGGGGUCGGCUUGUGGUCGGAUCAAACCGUCGUCCUGGCUGCUACGCAGGCGAUGGCGAGGGGCCAGGCUAACGGGCGGGUCAAUGGCGACGCGAGGCCGCUGAACCAGAGGCGGAGGUCUAGUUCGAGCGCACCGUCCGGAAGAUCGUGA